CUUGUAUCUACAUUCAUACAUCUUCUCUCUCAACUAAGCAGACGAGGACAAAAUCCCAUCAUGAAACUCUCUCUCAACCUUCUCAUGAUCGUCGGAUCCUCUGCAAUCGCCCGGGCUGUUCUGGUCCCAGUCCCAGGCGCCACCGAAGAGCUCUGUGGACGCCUAGGAGUCAUGUACUACGAUCCUGAUCAUCUUCCUGAGGGCAUGGAGGUUCAUGAGAUACGAAAGUGCGCCGGACAUCCCUUGGGUCGCGAGAACUAUUGGGGCUUGGGUGACUAUUUGCCGAGGUGGUUUCCUUAGGUACUCCCUUUGUAUGGAGAUAAAGUGAUGUCAUACACAGGUCUAUCGUACGGGGGUCUUACAUGCAUGGUGAAGGGGCUGUGUUGUUAAUAUAUAUGCCAGUUCUUGUAUCGCCAGAGAUAUGGAUU